CGGAAGUUGCGGGACUGAAUGGGUCUCAGAGCCGGUGACUCCAUCUGCUCUCUUUCCACCUGAGGCUUAGCAGCCGCAUGUCGCGUCAGCCUCUGGGCCACCAGGUCCAUGUGGAGGCUCCCAGGCGCCCGGGCCGCACUUCGUGGGGUCCGCGCGGCCGUGAAGCGGCACAGUCGCGCCGAGACGGCAACUGAGAGGGCGGCGGGCGCGAUGGAGCGGGCUGUAGUGCGGUGUGUGCCCUCCGAACCUAAACUAAGCUUGUCGUUCGCGCUGGCCGACGGCAGCCACAAAAACAUGCAGCGCGACCAAAGUGAGCCCCUAGGUCGAGCCCUAAGCCGGAUCGCCACCAACGCCCUCAAAGGCCACGCUAAAGCGACCGCAGCCAAGAAGAGCAGGAAGAACCGGCCAAACGCAAGCAGCGGCGUGGCCUGUUCCGGGACUGGGCCCGAGCCGGCUGCGGCCUGCGAGCCCGUGGUGAAGUUGUACUACCGUGAGGAGGCAGUGGCUGAAGACGUGCUCAAUGUGGACGCCUGGCAGGACGGCGCUGUGCUGCAGAUCGGCGAUGUCAAGUACAAGGUGGAGCGCAACCCGCCCGCCUUCACCGAGCUGCAGUUGCCACGCUACAUCAUGGCCGGCUUCCCGGUUUGUCCCAAGCUCAGCCUUGAAUUUGGGGAUUCCGCCGGCUCCCUCUUCCGCUGGUACAGGGAAGCCAAACCCGGAUCGGCAGAGCCGGAGGACGGGGGUCCCUCGUCGUUGUCUCCCUCCUCUCCCUCUCCUAGUUGGACGGAAACAGGUGUGGACGAGCGCGUCUACACCCCAUCCAAUGCAGACAUCGGGCUACGGCUCAAGCUUCAUUGUACCCCAGGCAAUGGGCAGCGCUUCGGGCCAAGCCGGGAGUUGGAAAGUGUGUGUCCAGUGGAGGCUGGUCCUGGCACUUGCACCUUUGAUCACCGGCAUCUCUAUACUAAGAAGGUGACGGACGACGCUCUCAUCCGCACUGUCUCCUACAACAUACUCGCUGACACCUACGCCCAGACUGAGUUUUCGCGGACAGUUCUAUAUCCCUACUGUGCCCCUUACGCCCUAGAGCUCGACUACCGUCAGAACCUUAUCCAGAAGGAACUCACCGGGUACAACGCAGACCUCAUUUGUUUGCAGGAGGUUGACCGCAACGUGUUUACGGACAGUCUGGUGCCGGCCCUCGAGGCCUUUGGGCUGGAAGGCGUGUUUCGAAUCAAGCAGCAGGAAGGCCUGGCUACUUUUUACCGAAAGUCCAAGUUCAGCCUCCUUAGCCAGCAUGACAUUUCUUUCCAUGAAGCCCUGGAGUCCGACCCACUUCACAAAGAACUGCUGGAGAAAUUAGUUUUGUACCCGUCGGCACAGGAGAGGGUGCUCCAGAGAUCUUCUGUCCUUCAGAUUUCUGUUCUUCAGUCUGCAAAGGACUCUUCUAAAAAGAUAUGUGUCGCAAAUACCCAUCUCUACUGGCAUCCCAAAGGUGGGUACAUUCGUCUCAUUCAAAUGGCAGUAGCCUUGGCUCACAUUAGACAUGUCUCUUGUGAUUUGUAUCCUGGCAUACCGGUUAUAUUUUGUGGAGACUUUAAUAGUACCCCAUCUACAGGAAUGUAUCAUUUUGUCAUCAAUGGCAACAUUCCAGAGGAUCAUGAAGACUGGGCUUCCAAUGGGGAAGAGGAACGAUGCAACAUGUCUCUUACCCAUUUCCUGAAACUGAAAAGUGCUUGUGGUGAACCUGCUUACACAAACUAUGUUGGUGGCUUUCAUGGAUGUCUGGAUUACAUUUUCAUUGACUUAAAUGCUUUAGAGGUUGAACAGGUGAUUCCACUACCUAGUCACGAAGAAGUUACCACCCACCAGGCCUUACCUAGUGUUUCCCAUCCCUCCGAUCACAUAGCACUUGUAUGUGAUUUAAAAUGGAAGUAGAUUUGUGUUUAUUGGAAUUUAAGUGUGCUUUAGUAAGGGAAAUUAAAUAUGAAUCAAAGUCUAUGUAUGACCUUCAAAGAGGAAAACUAGACACUAACAUCGUAGUUUUUACCCUACUGGAUAUGUUCUUCAUUACAUGACUAUUCAUAAUCUUUGCAUAAUAGAGUUUCUGUACCCUUUUUUGCCUACACUUGAAGGAAAAACAAUAUAUUUAUGACUGGCAGGGAACAUUGAGUUAUUGUGCACAUUUUAUAAGUACUUUUUUUUAGUUUAGUAAUUAAGAAUUUUGUAAAAAACCAUUUGAAUGAUGCUGUAAUUUUUCUAUCAUAACACACUUAAAAUUGAAUCAUGUUUGUAUAAUUAGGGGUAAAAUGCAUACAAAUUAUGGUGAGAGGCCCAAGUUCUGAUACAUGGAAGGAAUAGCAUUAGUGUUUACCUCUACCUCAAUUUGGUUAGCAAUUUAAUAUGACUUCAGAGCUUUAACAGAAGAUUAAAAUAUACUGUCACUGAUUGCCAUUGCUUCUCAUCUUUCAUUUUUCAAUAAACAUUUUCUUUCUCAUUGCAGCUCAUCUUAACUUAUAGGAUGCAGGCACAAUUUGGUAUUCAGGAUGAAUAGCAACAAAGUUAACUUGAUCCCUUUGUCUUUACUCUUGCCCAUGAAGAAUGUUCAUAAAUUAAUAUGGAAUUUGACCAUGUGAUAUUAGAAAAUACGGCAUAGUGCAUUAUGAGAAACUCUAUCAAUGUGGGCUUUAAAUCUGAGCUAGAUGUUCUUUUAAAAUUGGUUUAUAAAUAGGGGAGUAGUGGGGCUUUUGAGCAUCUCAGAAAUUAUAGGCUUCAGCAUUAUAGUUUGAGUUACAGGGAAACAUUGUAUAUAUAAUUUAUAUACUGUAAUUUUUUUAAUAUAAAGCCAAUUAUUUUAAAAUUAGAAAUUAGUUAUACUGAUUAGUGUCUAGCCUACAGUAAUAACCAAGCUUUUCUAACUCACUUAUAACCAUACCUAAUUUGUAAUGCUUUAGCUGUUGCUUUUUUUGAUGUUCAGGAAAACUAAUGUUAUCCCAUUUCUGUUUUUAAUUUCUAUCUUGGAUAAUAAAAGGCCACCCCUUCAAUAAGAGCUCUGAUUUUCCACAGUUGUGAGAGCCUUUCUUCCAUUCUUUCACCUCUAUAUCCAACACCAUGAGAACUUAACUCUUUUGAUAAACUAGCCUGUAGUUGCAUAUUCUGCUCACUAUCCAGUGUACUGUUAACUUUUAGUUUAGUAAGUUUGAGAAUGAGAGGGUUUUACAUGCACUUCAGAUUGAACCUUGAAGUACUUAAAAGUGCCUGAGGGUAACAUUAAGGUGGUAGUUUCUUGGGAUCUUCUUUAGAAAAAACUAAAUGAAAAAUUGAUAUUACCAAAUUGUGCUUUCCUAACUAACAUUUUUUAGAGCAUUUUAACAACAGUUUAUAAAUAUGUAAAUAUUAAAGCCAGAAUUUGAUUCUUUUGCAAAAAUAUUUUUCUUUUUAAAAUUUUGGUCUGCUUUCAAAUAAACAUGUUGACAAGGCUCUUAGAAAAACUUGAGAGGAAACAAAAAGCUAACCAAAAAGUUGAGAAACGCUUUGAAAGAAAAAAAUUGUAACAUAACAUAUUCAUACCUAUGAGAAAAACAUACAGGUCCUAUUUUAAUAGCAUGGCUAGCUAAAUUGAAUUCUGGUCAGAAAAACUCUGAACACUUAUCAAAAAUUCCACGUAUGGAAUCUUUAAUUGCUUUUAUUUACUGACUAAACUGUGAUCAGAUUGUAUACAAGCAUUUCAGGAUAUCUGGUAAUAGGAUAUUAUGAAGUGCCACAUACUCUGGUUAAAUCUUCAAUAUACAGAUAUGCUAAUAUGAUGGGAGUCCAAAAGCAGGGAACACUAAGAAAGCUGAAUAAAUAGCAUACCAAAAUUUCCUUGUAAUCAAGUCAGAAUAAAGCAUCAUUCAGAAAUGUUUGUGUUUAAAGCCAUCUUUGUGACUUAAUAUUUCAGUUACUUUUGGGUUUUUAGUACAUUUAAUUUUCAUAAAAUAUGGAAAGUCUAGCAACUCUAUGGUGAGCCACAUUUUAAGAUGUCAUUAGUUCUUGCUGUAGGAAUUAACAUUCUAAAAUUUUAUGUUGAUUAGUGACUAAGGAUUUAUAGAACACAUCCUGUUCAUUGAACUUUUGCACAGUUGCCACUAGACGUGUCUACACUGGUAGUUCAUAAUUCAUUAGCAAACAUCAUUUCUGGCUAUAAUGUGAUGUUCUUUAAAAUUCUGAAUACUAACAUCAGUUGUUUCAAAUUUCCAAGAAUUUCACUGGAUGAUGACUUCUGAGAGAAUUAAGGCCUUAUUAUCCUCAGAAUAUGAUGGUUUCAGUCUAGAGGUAGUAGAUCUCUGAGGAACAUAAUACAAGGGAGAGAGAGUCCAAAGAAGACUACUGUGGGAAGAUCUUCCUGGUGGAAACAGGCACCUUUAGAUCUCAUUCUCCAGUUAUAAAAUACAGGCAGAGGUUCCCUACAAACUUGAGACAAAACCCAAAACCUAUAUAUAACGGUAAAAAGUUUGCACUACUAGUUUAUCACAACACCCACAUGACAACUGAAUAGGGGAAAUCUUUCCUCUAAAAAACAUUUUGAGUUGAUGCUGAUUUUCAUAAUUCAAAAACAUUUUGUUUUGAAUUUUUUUAAUAUUUUGCUCAAUAUAGUACUAGAAGGAAAUGCUAUCUAGAUUUCAUUUUGGGAGAGGAAGCAACUUUAAGAGCUUUGACUUGUGAGUAAUACUACAAUUCAUAAAAUGGUCCACUUUAUGAGGAAGUCCAUGCUUUUAACUUUCUGGAAGUAUUAGAGUUGUAUUUCAGUGAUUUUUGUAGCACUAAGUUCUGAGACUACAGUACCAAAGCAUUUUUUUCACUGAAGUGAAAUGCACAUAAAACUAACCAUUUUAAAGUGUGAUUCCAUUGCAUUUAGUACAUUCAUGGCAUGCAACCAUGAUCUCUAGUUCAAAAACAUUUUCAUCACCUCAAAGGAAACUCCUUAUCCAUUAAGCAGCCUCUCCUCCAUCCCCUCCCCUCCAGCCCUUGGCAACUACUAAUCUGCUUUGUGCCUCAGUGGAUUUUCCUAUUCUGGAUAUUUCAUAUAAAUGGAAUCAUGCAAUAUGUGACCUUUUGUGUCUGGUUUCUUCCAUUUAGCACAGUGUUUUUAAGGCUCAAUGUUGUAUCAAUAUUUCAUUCCUUUGUGUGACUGAAUAAUACUGCAUUGUAUGGUCGUACUAUAUUUUGUUUAUCCAAAUGGAUAUCUGGAUUGUUUCCAUCUUUUGGUUAUUGUGAAUAAGGCUGCUAUGAACAUUUGUGUACAAGUGUUGCUUGGACAUGUUUUCAAUUCUUUCAGUCAUAUCCAUAAAAGUGAUUGCUGGGCCAUGUGGUAACUGUGUUUAACUUUUUGAGAAACUGCCAAAAUGUUUCCCACGGUGGCCACACCAGUUUACAUUUCCUACAAGCAAUGUAUGAGUUUCAGUAUCUCCAUAUCCUCACCGACUUAUUUUAUAUUUUUUUAAAUUUUAGCUAUUGAAGUGGAUAUGGAGUGGUAUUUUUACCAAUGCAUCUUAAAAUUUAGUCCAAUCAAUUAUGUUGCACUCAUGAACUAGAUUAUUCACAAUGGAAUAUACAGCCUUUUUUUUUUUUUCUAGAGAGCUCAUCUUCAGCAAUUCCUACUUAUUUUUACAAGUUUCUGUCAAGUUAGAAAAGUCAGUCUCAUUGCUUAUUUUGAAAAGAUUUGGGAAGAAAAACCAGUACAAAAAAAAAGGCUCUGGAAUGUAAAUAAACUAGAAAGAAGAGAAACCUAAGAUAACAAAGAAAAGAAAAAGAAAGGAAGGAAGAAAGAAAAGAAAGAUCAUUUUAAAAAUGUGGAUCUACUUCAUGGAUUUCAGAGAAUGAAUUUGAAUUUGCUUACUAGUGUUGGCUUUUAAAUACUUUAGCCAUGUUCCAGUAUUAACCACCACUUUUAAAAUCCCAAUGUAUGUACAGAGUAGCAGCAGAUAGCAAGACUACCUAAAUACUAAUUCCUGAG